AUGAAGUUCAUGGGGAUUUGGCCGGAAGAGAGAAAGUUCGAUCGAGCAUCGAGCUACAGAGUGCUAAUACCAGUUAGCCUUAUGUUUCUCUUUAUGGCUUUACCACAAACUAUCAAUCUUUACUUCAUAUGGGAUGACUUCAACAUGAUCGUCGAUAAUCUUUCUGUGGCAAAUAUAACGGUGAUGUUAGCGCUGAUGAAGAUAAUCAUCUUUUGGUUCAACGGAAGACCCAUUCAGAAUCUUCUCGCUUUAAUGACGAAUCAUCGAAAGGAGGCUGACACGGAAGAAGAAAUCAAGAAGAUGAUGACGAUUGCAAGGAUAUCCAGGAGGAUAUCAAUUGGAAGUACCGUGAUAACUAAUUCCGUAGUUGUACUCUGGGCAACAUCACGAUUUCUUUUGAUGCGCCAAUCCGGCCAUCGUGCUCUCUUCUUACAAUCUUAUUUCCCUUACGAAUCAUUGAUCACACCAAAUUUCGAGAUGACGUCCGUCGGACAAAUUGUGUCAGCAUUUUAUACGGCUACGACGUACACGGCCGUGGACACAUUUGUCGCCAUGUUGAUUCUACACGUGUGCGGCCAAUUUUCGUAUCUUAGACAAAAAAUGAAGAAACUCAGUAUCAAUGACGGCGUUGAUUUUCAAAAGAGGCUUGCAAAUAUUGUGAAGAAACAUGACGCUCUUAAUAAGUGA